AGGAGAGACGGUAAAGCAAAAGUGUCAGUCGCGCGCUAGCUUUGGAAGCGACAACACUUUGACACCAUGACAUAAUCUACCCCGCGUUAGUCAGUCGAAGUUUUAAGUUGAUAUACCGAUCUUUAUCUCAUGUACUGUUACUUGUACAUAAAUUAAUUGUUCCGAGUUGGUAAGUGAAUUAUUUCUUUUUUUGCUAAAUAAAAGAAGAUAAUCCAGGAUAAUCUUUCUUUCAUCUGACAUGUCUGCAGACUUCUUCACCCACCUGAACCUUGACCAGACAGUGCCAUCGCCCAGUGACGAUCUCUUUGAUAUGUUCAACCAGGACGGAGGCUUCGAGUCCAGUUCCCCCGUGCAGUCCGGCCUCUGGAAGAUGACCUCCUCAGCAUGCGAUUCUGACAGCAGUGGCGUCUUUCACGCGGAUUGGUCCACAUCGAGCAGUCUGUCUGCCUCGCUGGAUGGCCAGGCUAUAUUUAGCAGCUCGGCGUCCUCGUGCAAUAGACAGGCUUAUGAAGGCAGCACCUCGGCCAGCGAAAGCGUUGGCCUGAAUAACAGUAUGAAGACAUCCGUAGGAGAUAGCUGCUAUAAAAAUCCUGAUGUGGACUCGUCUUACUCUAGUAACAGCCCCUUCCAAAGUCUCAUCAUCAACACUUCAGUCAAAGAGGGUGGUUAUCAGGCACACAGCAACUGCUCAGUGUCCAGCAGCAAUGGCUACCACCAGAACAGCGCUACGAAACUAGAAGACUCGCUGUAUUCAGACAAUUUGGUCUGGAGACAAAAGAGCAACAGUUUCGACAGCAUCAACUCCGUCAGCAGCGUAGAAAGCUUCUCCGAUGCCGAAAGCUACACGACAUACACCACCAGCAACACCCCUGAGCUGUACAACCCGACCUUCCAGAACCCAACCACUUGCCAGCCCAGUUGUAUUUCAACCUCCACCACUUCGUCCCCUUCAUCCACUAUCACCUCCCAGAGCCCACUUGAAGCGAGCGUGACACUGGCUGAAAAGUAUGACACUUCAUUCGCCUCAAACUUAGAGUUUCUAGUGCCCGCCUCACGGUCGUCUUUGUCCGACGUUUCCAUGUCCCAUAGAUCUGCCUAUGACAAUGUGCAGGGGCAGAAUUUUCAGUGCAGCGUACCCGUGAGAAAGCCCCCGUCUUACGAUGAGCACAUAGCGAUCAACUACUUAUCCGGCUCUCCUGACCAUUUGGAGGAGAUGGCUGCUGGCGACUUGAAGUACCCAGGAUCCAUGCUGGAUGACAUAAUGGAAUGUAUACAACUUGAUCAAAAAGACACACACUUUGACACCGUGACGGAUGAAGAGUUCCACAAAGUCAUAGCACCAAUGGAUAUUCCCGAAGUAAAGCCUGAACAAAUGUCACACAAAAGGGUGGCAACUCACAGAAGUAAACCAGACGAUGGAGACAAGAUGAGAAGAAUAGCGUCCUACAUUCUGGAAGGCAGUGGCCAGGUUCAACUCUGGCAGUUCUUGCUGGAGCUGCUCUCUGAGAGCACCAAUGACAACUGCAUCAAGUGGUUGGGCAACAAGGGAGAAUUUCGCAUGAUAGACCCCGAGGAAGUGGCCAGACGAUGGGGCAAACGAAAGAACAAGCCAAGUAUGAAUUACGACAAAGUCAGCAGGGCUAUGAGGUACUAUUACGACAAAAUGAUUCUAUCCAAAGUCCAAGGCAAAAGGUACACCUACAGGUUCAACUUUCAAGUCAUCAUGAAAGCGCAGAGACAUUCUUCCAGCUCUUUUGAUCCUUCAGACUGCAAGGAACUUUUGAGCAUCUUUAAAAACCUGCCGUCCUCUGCGUCAGCCAGUUCAGAUUUCUCAAGGCACAGUCCACAAGGAAGAAGUCGAAGAGAUGAAGCCAGAUCAGCAGCAAUGUCAUGUCUUAACAAUGUAUCGCCCUCUUUAUCAUCCAUAGCUCAAGGUAAUAAUUUAUCGUCCAACCAAAGUGCUUUCCAAACUAUGUUCUCGUCCAUUCCAGAGACAGUCAAUGCAAACCAAGACAAUCACCAAACAGUUCCACCCAGCAGAAGUGUGUACCACAAUACUGCACCACAAGCAACGGACUCUGCGAGGGUAUUAAAUGAAGGAAGUUUGCUGGAGUCACAACUAUUCAAGAACCAAACUAUUGCACAAAAUAUUUCUAUCGGUGCAUAUCAAUCCCAGGAGUCUUUGCAUCAAAGACAGACCGGAAGCAUUUCACUUCAACACUCCAUCAACACCACAAACAGCCCAGUAUUGAAUUCCUCCACUACGUCCUACAAGUCAUCAACUACGCUGCUAAACACUACAAGUCAGAGUCAGCUGACUGAACUACGACGCAAGCAGUGGGCAGCGGAACGUUCUUUCCAUUCAACCAUCGAUCCUAUCGUCACGUCCACAGGUCACUCUGGAGCCACUCACGGGUCAAGUCCUUACCAGAGAAACAGAUCCAACUCUGAGCUUUUUCCAAGGACAAGUUUGGACAUGACCAAAAGGUUCAGCCUUCCCAGUAACUUCAGCGCCAACAGCUCCGGACAAUUCUCAGAAGAUUUUUCUGAUUGGACAAAAGGAAACUUUCAAGAAUGUCAGCAACUCCAGCAGCAUCAGCAACAACAUCAGCAACAACAUCAGCAACAACAUCAGCAGCAACCACAUCUAAAUGAAGACCUUUUGUCUCUUCCAAACGACUUCAACAAUGGGCAAUUACAAACCAACAUGAGCUUAGUUUUGUACAAUAACAUUUUGAAACAAUAGCCGGCAUAAUAACAAGGAGAUUUAGAAUACAAUCUUUCAGUCCAGCCUAAUUAGUCCUUCUGCCUUAAUCUGCUUUUCAUUAGACCAAUCUCAAAAUAUGACCGCUGUGUGUUGUCAAGUGUUUAUUUAAAUGUUAACAAUAUAGAAUCAAAUUUCAUAUUAAAGAAUAGUAUUACGCCUGCAUAAUUAGAUUGUUUAUAGAGGCUUACAUGUCUUAUUCAGAGGCCUUUUAUUCCAUAAGUUUUUUGCAUAUAUACUGUUAGUCCUUUUUGUUUAAAAUAUUUCUUAACAUUUAUUUUCUGUGUUCAUGUAGCUUUACACUAUAAAACAAAGUUUUGUUCAUUUAAAAUAGUUCUGUUAGAGUUAAAACUGUAUAUUCCUUAAAUGAAUUCUGUUCGUAUUGUAAAUUUAAAUCUAGACUGAUGUUUUAUUUAAUUAAUAAUACCAUGUGAUGAUUUUGUUAGAGAUAUCUAGAACAAAGAAAUCUUGUUGAGGUCUGUAGACCAUAAAGUCGGCAUAGGAGUGAAUCAUAUUACUAUACUAUUAGAUACUAGAUUUGGUUUUAAGUUUUAGGAAUAUUUUGUAUAGUAUAUAGCUAAAUUGAAGCUUGGCUUUUGGCGCUUUAUCGUGAAAUUCAGUAUAGAUCUAGAUUUAAAAAAGAAAGGAAAAACAUAUCUAUUCAUAAUAUUACUGAACUUGAAGUGAAAAAAAACAACAACAAACAAAGAGCUAACUAUAUAUGUUUCAAUAGCCAUGUACUCACUCUACCAUAUCAUUCCAUUUUUACUUUGGAGGUGUCGCGGUGACUUUAAGCUAACUAUCAGUUGCAAGACGGGAGACAUAAUGUAGAGGAAGACAUAUUAUAGCCAGCGCAGCGACCAACCGCUUUUACUUUUUCCAACUAAUAUCGGUUUUUAACAGAGAUGUUUGGACUCAGAGGCGCGCUAAAUAUAUUAAGUUGUAAUUUUGUUAGACUUCAGCCAUCAUUCCCUGUGAUCCAAUAUCCUCAGAGAAUAUAUCCAUAUGUAGAUAUAUAUUUACUUUCAAGGUUACCUUUAUUCAGCACAUCUCUUUCCAGAUAUUGUGUUCCUAAUUUAAAUAUUUAUGUACAUUUGUUGGAAAUGUAAAUAUGUUCAAAUGCCAUACACACGUUUAAGAAUUCAUGUAAAUAUUUCAUGUAACUACUGUGUAAAAUGUAGAUACGUUGAAUUGUUGAUUCUCGUUGAAUUGUUGAUUCUCGUAGACCUGUUGUUUUCUGUCAGUCCUAGUUCUUGUGAUACCGGUGAAUGCCAAAUAGUUAGAUGAAUUAUAUCUAUGUUGACUUGCACUACAUCUCUUUUAGAGUGGAUUUCUGUUGAUGUUUUUAAUCAGUGGGCUAAACAGUGGUUCUGAUGAGUAGCACUUUAGGAUGAUUUGUGUCAUCUGUGACUUGUGACACCUGACCUAAUGUUAGUGUUCAGUGCCUUGUCAAGUUUUCUUGACAUCUGGUAUUUCUUUCUGUGUGUGCCUUCUGUUAGUACAUGUGUGUGCGUGUGGGUGGGUGUGUGAUUGGUAAGAGUGAGUAAAAACUGAGAUUUAAUUUUGUUAUUUCAAGUGAUACUUUGAACUCAAAUAAACUGAAUUUCUUUUUUUUUUUUUAAA